UCCCUCUCUUUGCACUAAGUCUAAAGUCUACACACCCGCACAGCACUGUCACCAGCUGCCACCAUGCCAGCAGACUUCAGUGGGAAAUGGAUACUGGAAACCAGUGACAAAUUUGAGGAGUAUUUGAAAGUACUAAACAUCGACUUUGCCACAAGGAAAAUCGCCAUCUCCCUGUCUCAGACCAAAGUGAUCACCCAGGAUGGAGACAAGAUGGACUUCAAAACACUGAGCACCUUCAGGAAUUAUGAGCUGGCCUUCACUGUGGGGGUGGAGUUUGACGAGCACACCAAGGGACUCGACAACAGGAACAUCAAGUGUCUGGUAAACUGGGACGGUGACAAGCUGGUGUGCAGCCAGAAAGGAGAGAAGGCAAACCGAAGUUGGAAGCACUGGAUAGAGGGAGAAAAACUUUACCUGGAGCUGACGUGUGAAGAUGUAGUUUGUCUUCAGGUGUUCAAGAGAAAAGAAUAAAAUAUGUGCAAAUGUCUGUUUUUGUUUUGAUUUGCUUGGUUAAUUUAGUCUCUGCAUGGUCCUCAGUGACCUGUUUCCCACAUUUGAACAAAAUGAAUAAAGGCAGUUUUCAGACAA